ACUCUCGUCACGGAGAGAUAUCUAGAGCCAUGCGGAACAGAGGGGUAGAGAUUUGUAUACCAACGCCCCAAUCUACUCUCCCAUCAAAUCCACUGGACGUCGCGUCCCUGCUAAACAUUUGCGGGAUCAGGGACAUAAAACAGCAGAAAUUGCUAGUGAGAAUACACGAGACUCUUCACGGUACGCAAUACAAGUUGAACGAGAUGUUGCAAGUGGCUACGUUCAUCAGUCAGCAAAUGUCGAAAGGCUUCGGUUUCUUGAAAUCGUUGAGAAACGCAUUUCACGAAUUAUGUGGAUCGCUCGAUGACAGAUCGAAAAAAGAAGCACUGAGGAAGAUGGAGGAGAUCCUCUUAGAUAAUUUCCAAGAAGAAUUGCAAAUGGAAUCGUCGUACGAUCUCGAUUCAAUUACUUUAAGGAUGUCCGACCUUAGAUGCAAUUCCAGGCUCGCAUUGAUCAGGCAACAAGGCUUCCUGUUACAGUCUACAGUUCAGAAACUGACGUGA